AGAGGGCCGACGUCUCAAAUCCACCAAACAGAGCAGCACUUUCUUGCUUCUCCGCUUUGCCGCCACUCCGAUCCCCCGAAACCGCCGGGCUAGUCGCCCCCGACCCCAGCAUAUCGCCGCCGCCGCACGCCGCGCCACCCAUGCUCGCCGCGGCCGCGUCUCUCAGAGCCGCGGCCUCCGCGGUGGUCGAAGCGGGCGGCGACCCGGCCGUCCUCCACGCGGUCCUCGUCAAGACAGCCUCGUCCUCCCGCGCCGCAUACAGCCUCCUCCUCUCCCGCUACCCGCCGUCGCUCUCGCUGCCCCUCCUCUCCCGCCUCCCGUUCCGCCCUACCGCCGGAUCUCUCACCACCUCCCUCGCCUCCGCCACCUCUUCCUCCCCGUCCUCCGCGCUCUCGCUCCUACGCGGCGUCCUCGACGUGUCGCCGGCCUUCCUCGCCGACGGCCCGCUCUCCUCCCUUCUCCGCUCCAUGCCGCCGGUCCUCGCGCCACAGCUGCACGCCCUCGCCUUCAAGCUCUCCCUCUCCUCGUCCCCCUACUCCGCCUCUUGCCUUAUUACUCUGUAUGCCCGAUCCCAGUCCCCCACGGCCGCCCGCCACCUGUUCGAUGAAAUCCCCGUUCCAAGUCGGGACCUCGUCUGCUACUCUUCCACAAUAGUUGGGCUCGCGCAGAAUGGAAAAUACGAAGAAUCUCUCUCUGUGUUUGCCGAUAUGCGCUCAAAUGCGGUUGAUUCAACUAUGUAUGCGCUGUCCGGUGCUCUCCGGGCGGCUGCGGGGCUUGCUGCGCUCGAGCAGACUUGUGGGAUCCAUGCACACGCGGUGGUGGCCGGGCUUGAUGGAAACGUGGCCGUUGGGACCGCUCUGGUGGAUGCUUAUGGUAAGGCCGGAGUUGUGGACGACGCAGUGAAGGUGUUUGAGGGGUUGGGUGGUGACCGGAACUUGAUCACAUGGAAUGCGGUGCUGUCCGCGCACGCUCAGCAGGGAGAUGUGCAAGCAGCUGUUGGACUGUUUGAUCAGAUGAUAGAGCUGGGAUUUGCCCCUGAUGGGCUAACAUUCCUUGCUGUUCUCACAGCAUGUAGUAAUGCCGGAGCGGCCGCUGAGGCUGAAUUUUGGUUGGAAGCAAUGCAGUCGAAGUACAAUAUGAAGCCUGGCCUUGAGCAUUAUACUUGUGUGGUGGGUGCAAUGGCACGGGUCGGACGUCUAGAGGAUGCAGAGAGUGUUGCUUCUACAAUGCCAUGCAAGCCGGAUGCAGUGGUGUGGCGGACACUUCUAAUGGGCUGUGUGGCUCACCAAAAGGUUGACAUGGCAGAAUCCAUGGGACAACGGCUUUUGGCCAUUAAUCCCAAGGACGAUUCAGCUUAUGUCAUGCUUGCCAAUGUCUACUCAGCAGCAGGGAAAAAGGAUGAGGAGGCUGCGUCAUGGACUGCAAUGAGGGACUGUGGAGUCAGAAAGGAAGGUGGUCGGAGUUGGAUUGAGGUUAGAGGGCAGGUACAUGUGUUUGUUGCAAAUGAAAGAAGACACCAACAACUUCUAGAGAUAUAUGACAAGCUGGAUGAAUUGAUUCAAGAGGUAGAGAAGUUAGGGUACAAGGAGGUGGACGAGGGGUUAUGGCUUCAUAGCGAAAGGUUCGCCCUCGCAUAUGGGUUGAUCAGUGGUGCUGUACCAUCUGGAAAAGUGUUGAGAAUAGUUAAGAACUUGAGAAUAUGUGCUCAUUGUCAUGAAUUCUUCAAGUAUGCAAGCAUGGUGGUCAACAGAGUAAUUGUUGUAAGGGAUGUCAAUAGGUACCACACGAUUAAAAAUGGUGCUUGCAGCUGCAGAGACUACUGGUGAGUUACUUAAUCCUGAGGAUAAACUAUGGUCCCAGAACCAUUUGUGUGAUUUUUCAGAUAGAGCAUGUAACUCCAGAAGAACUUACUGCAGACUUUAUUGGAAGCUUGCUUGUGCUGGUUACCAUAGUCUGUCGGGCGAGUCCCUUCAUUACAUGAUUGAAAUUUUAAGAGAACUGUGGUUUUAUGGUGUUUCUUAGACACCAUACCAUCUUGUGACUCUUGAAGCA